UCAUGUCUUCUUCCUUCCAUUGCCGGGAGAAGUCCAAGCGAGAUGAUGCCUAAACCGCCAUCGCGUUUCCAUCUCCAAACCAUUCUACUGCUAAUUCUCUCUUUCUCUACAUUCUCCCACGCCGCCGAUCGCGGCGGUGAUCGCGCAGCCGUUUUCACUUCUAUCUCUCAACAAUUUAGAGAAGCACCGGAGUUUUACAACUCCCGCGACUGUCCCACCGUCUCCGACGACGACGGUUUGUUCUGCUCUCAGAAUGCAGUCCACGUCGCAAUGACUCUCGAUCUAACCUACAUUCGAGGAUCCAUGGCCGCCAUUCUCUCUGUCCUCCAACACUCUGCCUGUCCACAGAACGUUAUUUUCCAUUUCGUAGCCGCAGCAGACGUCUCUCUUCUCAGAACCGUCAUCGCUACUUCCUUCCCUUACCUCAAAUUCGAAAUCUAUAUCUUCAAUUCCGCCGCAGUUGCCGGCCUCAUUUCAACAUCAAUCAGAUCCGCACUCGAUUGUCCGCUUAAUUACGCUCGAAGUUAUCUCGCAAAUCUUCUCCCGUUAUGCGUCACUAGAAUCGUAUACCUAGAUUCGGAUCUAAUCCUCGUAGACGACAUCGCUAAACUCGCCGCUACGCCUCUCUACGGCGGUGCCGUACUCGCUGCCCCUGAAUACUGUAACGCGAAUUUCACUUCCUAUUUCACUCUAUCCUUCUGGUCAAAUCCUUCUCUAUCCUCAACUUUUUCCGAUAGAAAGGCAUGUUACUUCAACACCGGCGUGAUGGUGAUCGAUCUGAAUCGUUGGCGGGACGGCGAUUACACGACGAAGAUUGAAGACUGGAUGGUGCUUCAGAAGAGGAUGAGGAUAUACGAAUUAGGUUCGUUGCCGCCAUUUCUGUUGGUAUUCGCCGGGAAAAUUGCUCCCGUUGAUCAUCGAUGGAACCAGCACGGACUUGGAGGUGAUAAUUUCCGGGGACUUUGCCGGGAAUUACACUCUGGUCCUGUGAGUCUGUUGCAUUGGAGCGGGAAAGGAAAGCCAUGGGCCAGGCUUGAUGCCAGUCGGCCAUGUCCUUUGGAUGCAAUUUGGGCGCCAUACGAUUUGCUGAAAACACCAUUUUCGCUCGAUUGAUAAUUGAAAAAAAGAGAGUUUUUCUGUUUGGAGCUAGCUAGCUUAGCUGUUGGCUUAUUAUUAGGUGGAGAUAAAAGACAAAGUAAAAGAAUAAAGCUUCUUCUGUAAAUGCUGCACAGUAAAGUGGAAGUUGAAGCAGAUUAUUUCAAUUAACUGAAUCUGCUAAAGGAAGAAGAUGAUGAUGACGUGUCAUCUCGUCAAACUGCAUGCUGUCCGUUUCGUUAGUAGAGAGAGAAAGAGAAAAAAGAGAGGGAGGGAAAACUUUAUUUUUAUUAUUUUUUUUUUUCAGGUAAGUAAGAUAGCAUUGAAUUCUUAAUAAUCACAUUACGAUGAUGAUUAUUAAUAUUGUAAAUUACUACUUCUUACUUACUACGUUACA